AUGUCACAGAGAAACAUAAUUACCACAUGUCACUUUAACGGUGUUGUUUCGACAAACACUCCUGUUGGAUUCUCGUUCAGCAAUACGGAUACAUACGCCUUCAAAAUUCAUGUCAAUUCAGAUUUUUUUCAUUUUAAGGAUAGAAUGGAAAAAAAAUUGGCACAAGGCGUUGAGGAAAUCAUUUAUCGCCAUCCCACCCUUAAUGAAGACGACUGUACAAUUUUUUACAUUAUGACGCCAAUCAAAAACGACGAGGAUAUGAAAGCCAUGUUUCGGUGCCACAUGAUGUUUGGUCAGUUACCUACAAUUGAGGUGUAUGUCAGACUACAACACAAUCCCGAAACAUUGCAAACUCAGGAGACCCAGUCACACUGGUACAGGAUGAGCCAAACAUCCGACGACGAACCAACGCAAAACAAUUUACCUUUCAUACCAGAUGAGGAGGUUGGAGAAUCAAGUGAUGACGAUAUUUAUGAGGAGUUCAGGAUGCAAGAUAUAUUUGGUGACAGCGGUGACGAAGACAAUGAAGACGAAGAUAUAGUUGUCCCGUCUACGCAACCGAUCCGCGCACAACCCGUGAGUUUGUAUAACCCGCCGACACACAUGCAAAAUAUUGAUUUUGAAGAUGACGACACAACCUCCGUGUUUGGAAGUGCUAUUCAAAACCAUAUAGGUGAUGAAAUAGCGGUCGGUAUGGAGUUUGAAAACAAGGAAGCCUGCGUCCUCGCUCUGCAGCAUUGGCACAUAACACACUGUGUGGAUUAUUGGGUGUAUCAGUCUGACAAUGAAAGAUAUGUCAUUCAGUAUAAGAAAAAAGACUGCAGGUUCAAGUGCAGAGCUUCAUUUAGACGAAGGAACUCAAAAUGGGUGAUCGGUAAGCUGUCUGGGUCUCACACAUGCACUACGACGUCGAUGGCACAAGACCAUAGGAAGCUCAGUUCAGAAAUGGUUUGCCAUAGCAUCAGAGAACUUGUCAACAGCGACGCCUCACUUAAGGUAAAAGUGAUCGUUGCCCAUAUUCUAGAAAAAUACAGGUACAUCAUAUCUUACCGGAAGGCGUGGAUCGCUAAGUGCAAGGCGGUAGAGUCGCUUUAUGGCAAUUGGGAAACAUCGUACAACGACCUACCGCAGUGGAUACUGGUAAUGAAAACCUUUCUUCCAGGAACCAUUAUAGAUUUGCAAACCCUACCUGCAACAUCAAGUGAUGGUUCCCAAAACUCCGGAAAACGAAUAUUCCAUCGUCUGUUUUGGGCAUUUCGUCUGUGUAUACGUGGUUUCGCCUACUGUAAGCCCAUUGUGCAAGUAGACGGGACAUGGUUGUACGACAAGUACAGAGGAACUCUAUUGACGGUGGUGGCACAGGAUGGCAACGCAAAUAUUUUCCCAGUGGCAUUCGCAUUGGUCGAAGGUUACGCAUUGACGGAGGCUUCAUUUAAUUAUUAUCACGGAGAAAUCAGAAGAUCCAACACUGAGGCUUUAAAUUGGAUAGACAAUAUUCCUAGGGAGAAGUGGGCUAGAGCAUUUGACAGAGAGCAACGUUGGGGACAUAUGACAUCUAACUUAGCAGAAGCAAUAAACUCUGUACUAAAGGCCACGAGAAACCUUCCCAUCACGGCAUUGGUCCAGUCUACAUAUUAUCGAAUGGGUUCACUAUUUGGUAAACGAGGACACAAAUGGACCAAGAUGCUAUCUUCAGGGAAAGUUUUCACAGAUGGUUGUAACAAGGGAAUGGCUGAGGAGGUAGCCAAGGCUAACACACACAACGUCAUGCAAUUUGAUCGGGAAAGAUUCUGUUUCAUGGUGCAGGAAAAGAUUAAUUACAACGAUGGUCGUCCAACGGGUACUUUCAGCAUUGACUUGAGGAAUCGUCAGUGUGACUGUGGAAAAUUUCAAACAUUUCACUUGCCUUGCUCCCACGUGAUAGCGGCAUGUUCUAGCAUACGACAAGACUAUGCAAUUCACAUUCCAGAGGUCUUCACAGUACUUAACGUAUUCAAGGUUUACAAGGAAAGCUUCCUGGGACUACCACACGAGGAGAACUGGCCAAAAUAUGAAGGUUUCACUCUGUGCCACGACGAUUCAAUGAGAAGAAAUAAAAUGGGGCGUCCAAGAAGUAGUAGAAUUAGAACUGAGAUGGAUGACGCAGAAAAAGAGAAGAGACGGUGUGGGAUUUGUAGAGAAAUAGGUCAUAUGCGUAGUAAAUGUCCCAAUGUUGUCGGUCCGUCAAACCGACCGAAUAGAUAA